CAGUGAAGCCAUGCAGUGGAUCUGCCCCCUCAUCUGCCUCAUGCUUUUUGGUGAAGGAGUCAUACCACAGAUUGCAUUAGAACAGCAAGAAAAGGCUGUGACUGUCCUGGUUGGAGGGGCCAGCACCUUCAAGUGUAGCAUGACAGGAGGACGUAUGAAUAGCUAUUACAUGUACUGGUACAGAAAGAACCAGGACAACACUCUGAUAUUUAUAUACAGAGAAGGCAACUACUAUGGCUCUGGUUUCCAAGGGAAUUUCCAGGGUGAGAUUGAUCAGGCCAACAAUAAGUUCACACUUAAAAUUGUCAAGGCAUCAGUGAGAGACAAAGGAAUCUACUACUGCGGCAGCUCUAUGGGAAAGUGCUCCUGGGACACCCGAGCGAUGUAUUUUGGAACUGGUACAGAGCUAUCAGUAGAUCCCGAAGUCCAAGAACCUUCUAUGCCCUCAGUCUUUGUCAUGAAAAAUGGGACUAAUGUUGCAUGCCUGGUGAAGGACUUCUACCCCAAGGAUGUGGAUAUACAUCUCUCCCCAGACAACCAUGCAAGAGAAGUUUUCGCCACUGCCAAUGGGAAGUUCAGCGCUGUCAAGCUUGGCAAAUAUGAGAAAGAUUUGGAACAAAUUAACUGUACAGUUCAGCACAACAACAAGACCAUAGAGACUUCUUAUAUAGAGUCCUCCAACAAGAUUUCAGACCCAGAGGGAUGCAUCAACAAGACAUCUUCCCAAGACUACCAUGCACCUACAGUACAAAUUGAGAAAGUGAAUUUGCUGUCCAUCACCAUGCUGGGGCUCCGUGUGCUGCUCGCCAAGAGUGUCGCUGUCAACAUUUUCUUGACCAUCAAGUGUUUUUUACACUAAGGCUUGUUUAUGCCACAGGGAAUAAGGAAACCAAGGACCCACUGACGUGUUUUCCCUCGACAUCACUUUGUUGUAAUGCACAUGGCUCUGUGGUUGACUAUUUUGACUGGCAGUUUUUGUGUUUGUUUUUUUAAUUUUUCCUAACCACUUUUGCUUUGUAAAAAUUAGACCCAACUCAUUUCAAAGCCAGAUGGAAAGACAGUCUUGGAAGAAAUGACUCUAUGUACUGAUCUUCUGAUUUUAUAUACUGAUGUGUUUCUGUAACUUUGAAAAUGGAAAUGGAAUUGUUUCACUGGCUAGAAGGCUUACACUUGAAACGCGUUUCCCCAUUCUUCUGAGUUCUGCUACCUCCAAAGCUUGAACCAAGGAGAGAGAGGAGAAGGUUCAUAUUUAUCCCAAAUCCCACAUCCACUCCUCCCAAUGUACCUAUCUUUCCUGUGCUCAUCUUGGCAGCCAAGAGGGUGAGUGUCAGAAACUCCCUUUUUUCUAGAACUCUGGAACUAGAAGAGACACCAGAGCUCAUUUCAACCAACCCCUACUUUGCAGCAUGAAUUCAACAUCCCUGACAAAUGGCAAAAGACAUCUAGUGAUGAGGAACUCAUUAGCUCAUGAGGCAACUCAUUAGAGGCAGCAUGAAAUAGUGGAGAGGGAGCUGUGUAUUUGAACACUGGAGUUAGAAUCAAGAACUGAGUUUGAAUUCUGACCCAGAUACUUACUAGCUAUGUGACCCUGGACAAAGGUGGCAUUUAACCUAUCUAGGCUCCACUUUCCUCUUCUGUUAAAUGAGGGGAUUGGGCUCAAUGACCUCCAAGGUCCCUUCCUGUUCUAAAUCCAUUAUUUUAUCAAUUAUUAUUUAACUUUGAUGUAGCUAUAAUUAUUAGGAAGGGUUUCUUUAUAAUUAACUGAAAUCUGCCUCAUUUAAACUUUUACCUGCUGCAUACACUGUUAAAGGGGCUGUAAAGAAUCGAAUCUCUUUUCUAUAUAAAAGCUCUUCAGGUAUUUUAAUAUGCUUAUAGUUCCCCUUGCCCCCAGUCUUUUCUUCUCUAUGCUAAAUAUCCCCAAUUCCUUCAUCCCAUCUUUGUAUGGUCUGGUUUAUAGUCCACUUGUAUUUUUUGCCUUUUUAUUCUAAGAGUUUAGUACAGUGACUGGCAUAUAGUAGGCACUUAAUAAAUGCUUGUUGACUUGA